CUUGCUCAUUUUUUAUUUCAUUCGUUAUUUGAUUUUAUUAGAUUAGAAUAUAAAAUAAACAAAUAUUAAUCCAUCAGAUAAAAGAAUGUAAUGUCUGGAUAAGUAUUUAUACAAUCAGUUGAUCACUGGAUAAUGUCAAGGAACGUACAGCUAAUUUGUAGAGUCUGCUUAAAGAAAUGCAAGAGCAGAUUUGUUUCACUAACGGAUAUAUUUCCAGUGAGUAUGGAACAUGAGUCAAUUACUUAUGAAAAAGCCUAUACAACUUGCACACAGUUGGACGUAACAGUCGGAGUGGAUGAACUUUCGAAUCUGCUGUGUAAUAGCUGUAGUCGUGAUCUUCAGUAUGCCUAUGAAUUUUGGAUAAAGGCCAGAAAGAAUUAUGAAAAGCUUUAUAGCAAAAUGCUAAUACAAAAGCAUGAAGAUAUGGCAAGAGCGAUUUCACCCUCUGAAUUUGAAUUACCCGAAAAUAAUGUGCUCAUGACCUAUACUCUCGCGGAUGCUGACGUAAUAGAUGCAUGCAGUAGUCAUGUCGCAAAAUGCAUUAAAGAUCCUCUUCUAGACUCGGAAAGUGACACUGAAAGAAAGCCAAAUUUACAGACUAUAAAAGAAGAGAUUGUCAUAGAAGAGAAGAGAGAGUCCCCAGCAUUAUCUCAAACAUAUUCGGAUAUUGUGUUUGACAGUGAAGACGAAAAGCCUUUAAUGCAACUUUUCAAAACCUUAAUUUCAGUUAAAACAAAUGAAGGCAACAAGGAAAUUUUAUUUGAUCCUCCUUCCAACCGACCUCGAUCCUUUGAUGAUGAUGAUGAAUUUAAGACUGAUGGGCAUACAGCAAAUGAAACGGCUACUGAUGCAAUGUUUUCUCCAGAAGCCCAUAUUUUCCCUAAAGGACGAUUUCGUUGUGCCAUUUGUGAGCAGAGUUAUUUUACAACAGUUGGCUUGAAAGCACACAUGGAGGUCCAUUUAACAAAAAGUGAUAUAAGUAAAAAGAAGCGAGUGAGAAAUAAACAGCGAAAAAUAUCGAAAAAGCCUAAUAAAGAGGCUGAUACUAGAUUUGAGAAUACAGAUGCUCAACAAGUUACUGAAAGUCAAAAACAAGCGUACGACGAAACAGACAGCCAAAAAUCACAGAAGCAAGUACGAACCUUUAUUUCAAGUCGUAAGGCAAAAGAGCCAAAACCGAAACGCAUGUUUCCUUGUCAAGUGUGUGGGAAACACAUGAUAUCGGCUUCAAAGUUGCGCUAUCACAUGGUGAUGCACACUGGCGAAAAGGACUACCUCUGCACAAUGUGCCCUAAGGCUUAUUCCACGAUUUAUGCACUGAAACAUCACAUACGUACUCAUACUGGCGAAAGACCGUAUGAGUGUAAAUUUUGUGGAGAUAGAUUCUUACGCCCUACAACGCUCAAAAGUCACCAGCGACGUCAUACCGGCGAACGUCCAUAUGGUUGUGAUAUAUGCGGAAAGCGAUUUAUUCAACACUCAUCGAUGACAACGCACAUGAAACUUAAUCACAUGGAUAAAACCAUUAAAUGCCCACAUUGUGAUAAAAAAUAUGCUCGGCAAACAGAUUUGAAUACACAUCUGCUUAGUCAUACAGGCGAUAAACCAUAUCCUUGUCAGUUAUGUUCAAGUCGUUUUGUACGACAAGCGAACCUCAAUAAACAUAUGAACCAACAACAUGCUCAGAAGCCGGGUGUAACUGGGUUGACAAAUUUGACGGAUGGAAAUAUUAAAGCUGCUAAAUUGACAACCAAAUUAUCUGAGGUUAGAGAGUUAAAAGCUAUUUGUAGUGAUGCGACUAUCGAUGAAAAGUUGGUAGAUGAUAGUACGUUGGUUGCAAAAACAGAUGGUGAUAACGGAGAUAAAAGCUGUACUUCGAUCGGCUCACAAGAUGUUACGGCUUUAUUAAAUCAGCAACCAUUACAUAUGUUAGGAGACCAAGCUUUCGAACAGCUUGAUAAUGAUGAUUUAGUAUCUUGGAAUUAAUUACUUACGUUGAAGUUCGUUUGUGACGAAUUUGUUCCUUUGGAAAGCAUACAGUAUUAUCACUAUAUUUAAUUAUGAGUUAUGUUAAAAAAGCU